AUGGCUGGUAUUACUAUUAACGGUGAUACCAUCAAUCCAGCAGCAGUACCUGGCGUUUCGCAGACUGGCGAGCGAACAAACUUCAUCUUGAUUCAGGGCAGAGAUGUUGAUCUCUCUUUGGAACAGAAGCUUGAGCCUAAAAUGGCUUCCAUGUGGAAAUCAAGCCAGAUGUACAUCGAGAGCUUUGGCCUUUGA